CAGCCGUGCUGCUCCUCAUAAUAGAAAAACGGAAAGCCACGGGAAAGACGGCUUGAAGCCGAAAGUUACCUUUCCGACGGCUAUUUUUAGUGCAAUCUUGGGACGUUCGCCCCACUUGUGUAUGGGUUGAAAGACAAUACGUUUUUCAAGUUCGUUUUGAUUGUUUCGUUCAACUUUCGUGUUUUCGUGUACUAUCAUUCAUAAGAAGCACCGCAAAUCAGGAGUUAAAAUGCCUGUUUUCCACACGAAAACCAUCGAGAGUAUAUUGGAGCCUGUCGCUCAGCAGGUUUCGAGACUAGUCAUUCUCCAUGAAGAAGCUGAAGAUGGGAAUGCUAUGCCAGAUCUGUCUCGUCCUGUGCAAGCAGUCAGUCAUGCUGUUGCUGAUCUUGUUAAGGUUGGAAGAGAAACAAUCAACAGCAGUGAUGACCCGAUUCUCAAGCAAGAUAUGCCAGCAGCCCUACAUCGAGUUGAAGGAGCAUCCAAGUUUCUGGAGGAGGCUAGUGCCAUGCUGAAAGGAGAUCCGUAUUCAGGUCCAGCAAGAAAGAAACUUAUUGAAGGUUCAAGAGGCAUAUUGCAGGGAACAUCAGCAUUAUUGCUGUGUUUUGAUGAAUCUGAAGUGCGCAAAAUUAUAAGGGAAUGCAAAAAAGUUCUUGAUUAUCUAGCUGUUGCUGAAGUUAUUGAAUCAAUGGGAGAUUUGGUACAAUUUCUCAAAGACUUAAGUCCAUGCCUCAGCAAGGUGUCAAGGGAGGUGAGCUUCCGUUCUGAAGAACUUACCCAUCAAGUCCAUCGGGAAAUAUUGGUGCGCUGCCUUGAUCAAGUUAAAUCUCUUGCACCUAUUUUGAUUUGCAGCAUGAAAAUUUUCAUUCAUAUUAUUACUCAAAGCAAAGAGGGAGCUGAAGCAAAAGGUGCACGUGAGGCUGCUGAAAAUAGAAACUAUCUAGCUCAGCGUAUGACUGACGAAAUCAACGAAAUCAUCAGAGUUCUCCAGCUUACAACCUAUGAUGAGGAUGAAUGGGAUGCAGAUAAUCUGACUGUCAUGAAGAAAGCUCUAAAUGCCAUUCAAAGCAAGAUGCGCACUGCCCAUGACUGGCUUGAGGAUCCCUUGGCACUUCAGGGGGGUGUGGGAGAAAAGUCAGUGCGGCAGAUUCUUGAAUCUGCAAUGAAGAUUGCUGACCGCUCAUUACCAAAUGACCGAGAUGCCAUUCGUAAAAUGUGCUCUGAUAUCCGAACCAUGACUGAUGCUUUGUGUGAGUUACGAAGAGAUAAGAAAGGAGCCACUCCUCAAGCUGAAGCCCUUGCCCGUGGCAUUCAGGACAAGCUGGGUGAACUCUGUACUCUUCUUACACGUGCUGUUAAUAAUGUGGAAAAAAGUGGCAUGCAACAACCUGCUCACACAGUUAUGGGAAGGCUGGAGCAAGCUAAACGUUGGUUAGCAAAUCCAGAAAGGGAUGAUCGUGGUCUUGGACAACGUGCCAUCCAGCUUAUUGUAGAGGAAGGCAGAAAGGUUGCUGAAGGUUUACCUGGUGUUCAGAAGGCUGAGAUCCUUGCUCUAUGUGAUGAAGUUGACACAUUAUCAAGGCAACUUGCUGAUUUGUGCAGAAGAGGCUUAGGAGACAGUCCUCAAGCUAAAGAGAUAGCAAGACAAUUAGCACAGAAAUUGCAUGAACUUAAAAAUCGCAUCCAAAGUGCUGUUGUGAAUAGAGUUGUAGAAGACUUUAUUGAUAUCACCACACCUUUGAAACAGUUUGUGGAAGCUGUUAAUGUACCUGAGGGAACCCCUGGCAGAGAGGAAAACUUUUCUCGAAAAGCUCAAAAUUUGCAAAACUUCUCCAACCGAGCCGCCAAGACAGCACGCAUGGUUGCCGCGGGUGGGGGUGGGGGUAAUAAAAAACUUUCAGAAGCUCUCCUAUCCUCUGCUAAUCAGCUUGAGAGUUUGACUCCUCAGCUGGUUAAUGCUGGCAGCAUAAGAAUGCAUUACCCAUAUGAUAAAACUGCAGAUGAACAUUUCAACAACCUAAAAAACCAGUAUGAGGACAGUAUUGAACGAAUGCGAAAUCUCUGUGACCAAGCUACAGAUCCUGCAGAAUUUAUUCGUCUCUCUGAGGCUCAGAUGCAAAAGCAUACUGUGUUAUGUGAAGAUGCCAUUCGCAACAAUCAACCACAAAAAAUGGUUGACAAUACUGCCAGUAUCGCUCGUUUAGCUAACCGUGUUUUAAUGGUCGCUAAACAAGAGGCAGAUAACUCUGAAGAUCCAUCAUUUAUUGCUCGUGUCAAUGCUGCAGCAAAUGCGUUGGAGCGCAGUGUAGCACCGAUGGUUCAGGAUGCUAAGCAAGUUGCAAUGGAUACCAAUAAUCCUGCAGCUUGUUCAAGGUGGAAAGACUCCAACAGAGGGCUACUCAAUGCCGUAGGACAAGUUCGCCAAGCAAUUCAACCGGAAGGACUUCAAACUCCUGAUAUGAGUUCCCUCCAUCUCAAUGAAGACCGUGCUCCUCAACAACAGUAUAAUUACUUCACUGACAAAGUUGGCCACCAUCUUCGUGAACAACCAAGUCCUAGCAGGCUGAAGAGUGCACAUGAUGGAAUCCCCAACACUCCUGUAUAUUUUGGCAGAUCCUCUCCUACUUUGUCCAGUCUUUCUUCUCCUACAGGAACCAUACACAGAAAUGUCAGUCCUCUCCCUAGGUGGGCUCAAGGAGAUGGAACCAAAUUAUUGUAUCAGGAGCUAAACUCAGAUGAUGAGUACUUUUUAAGAGAUAUUUGUUCUCGCAACAACAUGUACAAUGAUGACAUGGCUCCUCCAAGGCCACCACUACCUGGGGGUGAUAUGCCCCCUCCGCGUCCACCACCUCCAGCAGAAACUGAUGAUGAGGAUGAUAUGUUCCUGAAUGCUCCUGGUGCCAACCAGCCAAUAAUGAUGGCAGCACAUGGCUUGCAUCAAGAAGUGAAGCAGUGGUCAAGCAAAGACAAUGAUAUUAUUGCUGCAGCUAAGAAGAUGGCUCUGUUAAUGGGACGCCUAUCUCAACUUGUUCGUGGGGAAGGAGGUACCAAGCGAGACUUAAUUGCAUGUGCUAAAGCCAUUGCAGAGGCAUCUGAAGAAGUUACGCGUCUAGCCAAGGAACUUGCGCGAGAAUGCACCGACAAACGGAUGCGCACUAACCUUCUGCAAGUUUGUGAGCGUAUCCCUACAAUUGGCACUCAGCUGAAAAUAUUGUCAACCGUUAAGGCUACCAUGCUUGGUGCUCAAGAGAUCCUGCCCCGAUGCCAAAUGGGGGAAUUGAUUGGUGGCACAAUGAUCGGCGCCAGUUCAGAGGAAGAUCAGGAAGCAACCGACAUGCUGGUUGGCAAUGCCCAAAACUUAAUGCAGUCAGUGAAAGAAACUGUCCGCGCUGCUGAGUCUGCAUCUAUCAAGAUUCGUACUGAUGCUGGUAUUAGGCUGCGCUGGGUUCGCAAGCAGCCCUGGUAUAGGUAUUAAAAAUCUAUGAGCCAUUACAAAUUGCUCAUGCUUGGCAGUAAAUGUCAAUCCAAUAAUUAAUACCAUGACUAAAGCAACUCAUUUUUACUUUUGACCAAUGAGAUUGAAACAGUUUUAAAAGUUCUUCUUAGUGCAGUCUUUCCAUACCAUUUAAACUUCUUUAUCUCCCUGCCUUCAUCUUUUUUUUCUUUAGUUGAUAUAAAAAAGAACAACAACUUUGGUAUAAUCUUAUCCUCUUUGGUGUGCACUUAAUUUUGUCAUUUAUGCCAAAGUUUUAACAGGCAAUGUGUCUUCCUAAAAUGAGCUAAUUUGUACUUAACAUUUUACCAGAUUUUUUGCAGUAAAAUUUUUUGCAAAAUAUUUCUGCCCUAUACUUCUGAGAUUCUUGUGUUAUGGCAUAUUGUUAGUUGAACAUUCAUUAUGUCAACAUUAUAUGUAUAGGAUUUCUUUGAAAGACCAUUACAAUUAUUGAUUGGUCUCAACUGCUUUUGAUGAAGUGCUACAUGUUGUUAGAAGUUGCCAUGCUGUAUCCCAGUGGAUGGUUGAAAUCUAAUCUAGUCUAUUUAAAAGAUCCUUUGUAGUAUUAGAUACUGUAAAUCUGCAGAAACAAUUGCAAUGAUUUUAAUUAUGACAGUUUGUUCAUAAACUUGUUCAACUAACAACGAAAUGCCUGAGGAUAGAAUUUUUACUCCUGCUUUCAGUAUACUGCUUAUAUGUAAUUGUGUGUCUUAACUACCUAAUUCAGUUGUUUAUGUGUUUACAUCGAAUACUGAUUAGUUAUUUAUGUUCAGACCCUCCAUUAUCUUGUAGUCUUUUGCUCGUAGGUAUGAAAUUUCUAAGAAUUUCACAAACUCUAAUUUUUUAUACCUCCCUCAUUACGUAUCAUCUUAUCUUGUAUCAACGAGGAGAUAAAACUAAAUGUACUGCUAUCAAGCCGUAAACUCUGAAAGAGGAAAAUUAUUGACAGUGUUGAAACAAAACUCUUAAAAUAUUGUCAUGUUAUUUUUCAUAUUUUUCACACCCUGAUGUUUGUCUAGGUACUCCUAAUCUUUUAAAGACUUAGUAUUUAUACCAUAGGAUUGUGUGAUGUAAUUACUAGACGUUUUGGAAGGUUUUAACACUUGAAACAAGACUAAUCUGACAGGUUUUAUGCAACUUUUUUCCGGGUAGAAAGUAACCUGGAAUCUGACUUUGCCUUUUAGGACAUGACUUGUUAGUUAUAGUGAGAGUUGACAUGAAGACCAAAAUUUUGAGAACCAAUUAUCAACUAUUUGUUGAUUUGCUCAAGUUUUCAGUAGCAUAAGGGAAACAUUUCUUGGCGGCUUGACACUGGAAAACUAAGAUAGGACUUCCUAACCUUUUUGGGAUGUGAAUUUUGCUAGCAACCUUAAAGUCCAAAGGCAAAACAAAUGGAGUCGUUGAAUCUUAUAAAUACCUUUUCAUACACAAGCAUAAAAGUCGAUAGCACCAUUACAGAGGUGGUACCUAUUUUUCUUUUCCAGUGGACACACAUUUGGAAGCGUCUUAAGUUGGUAUUGUCAGCAUCAGUCUAGUAUGUACCUCUAAUUGAUCCACUGUACAUACAUAUGAGUUUUAUUUUGUUAUUUUCUGUAAUAUGUUUAUCAGUCACAAGUGGUUUGAAACAUAAAAGGUUUUGUAUAAGGAUGGUUUAGGUUUAGUAGCUAUACAUCUGAAAGAAAUGUACAAAUCACUCCACAGUAAGAAAUUGUCACUUCUUGGUCUCUUGUUAAAGGUUGAUCAUACUCUUACAGAGCAUAUUUUUUAAGUGCAGUGUUCUGCCAUGAUCUCGUUGCAUGAGAACUCUGAAAUUUUGUAUGCGUAAUUGGAUACAAACUUGUUUAAAAGUACUGAAUUUGCUAAAAAAAGUCGUGGUCUUUUCUAACUGUCUGUUUUUGAGGACAUAUUUUUGUAAACUGUUAUGUAUUUUGAUACAGUGACUAAGCAAAACAUAUUACAUAUUGUAAAUUCUUCUUUUCUCAUUAUAUGUCAUCUGCUCAUUUCCAAUUGUCAUCAUUCUUAUUUCAGACUUACUUUUGGUGUCACAUACAAGUGAUAAUCCUGUUAUAGGCAUUCCACACAUGUGUUUGUGAGUUUAUGUUUGUUUCAAUUUCAUUGCAUCAUAGCUGAAAGCAUUUUCAUUCUUUGUUUCUCACUGGUCGGUCAUACUCCCAACAGCUGUAUGCUCGCCAUUAAUUAUUGCGUCUUGGUAAAUCAGUGUGGUCUGAUUGGUGAAACAGUAGCUCAAGUCACUUGUUCACUAAAGUAAAUGUUGCAUUUACUUUCAUGCUUUUCACAUUGUCAUAUAUUAAGAGGCUGAUGAUUUGAAAACUCUUUUAUCAUGUGUAGUUUUGGUGCCAUAUUCUUGUGAUUAUUUUGCAGCCUUGUAUUUAUAAUUAUUAACAAUUAUUGCACAAAUUGCUUAUGUGCUAUAUGCGAUGUAUGUAUGUCACUCAUUUCUCCAACUUACCAUUAAUUGUUGAGCGUUUUUUUGAUUGUUUUAUAGAUGUAAUACAAAUUUAAAGAAUUACUGAGUGUUUUGUUUUAUGUUAAUAUGUUUAUAUAAUUUAUCAUUAAGUUUGUAAUGUUGUAGUGUACUUCUUAAAUCAUUAAUUUAUUACUACAAUUAAAUGGAUGAACGCCUGGCUUGCACACAGGGAAGAUAAAAAAAAUCUAUUUUUCCUCCAAAGUUUAUGAUGUUUCCAGUAGCCUUUUAUUUACCAGUAUUACUCUUAACACGUUGGGUGUGAUGUGACACACUUUGUGUCCCAAUAGCAUACCACAUUGCCUACCCCGCUUCCUACCAUCUUAAAAUCUGAUUAAGUAUUUAUACCUUAGUGAUGUGAAAUUAUUUUAGGAUACCUGUGGUAAUCUGAAUUGCUAUUUGCUGCUGAAGAUCAAGGAUUAGGGACACAAAGAAUAUUCUCUUUUUAUUUUAGCUGGAAGUGUAAUUUUGUUGAAUGGGGCGUGGUCACUGUUGUGCUUAUAGGGACAAUUCAAUUUUCAGAUCUUAUGUAAUCUAAAUUUUCUGUUGACUCAAAGUUGACAAUCUUUCCAAAAAUAUAGCUGAAAAAUGUUUUAGCCAAAUGCAUUAAGAUUAUUUUGGACUGGUAAUUAAAAGAAUAAUUUUUUGAACAAUAAUGCAUUCAGGUGUUUAGUAGAUUUAACUCUGCUAAAACUUUGCUGUCCUGAGCUGUAGCAUGUUAAUUACUUUGCUUUUAUUGCUUAUGUAUGUUAGAUACAGUAUGAAUUCAUGUUACAAAAUCAGACUGCUUUACUAUUUUAGUUUACAUCUUUGUUACAUUAACAUACUAUUAACAGAUGUUUCUCAUUUGACCCAUUAUUUAAUCUUCAAAUGUCUUGUUUUUGAAUCUCCAUGUGGGAGCAUAAUUGUAUGUGUGCCAUGUAACACUUCAAAUGGAUAUUAUUAAACUACAUGUCGGCAUA